GUUUUGCGUCAGUGUGAGCUAAGAAAACAGCUAAAAAACAAAACAGCUAAUCUACAAAAGCCACUUGUACUUGAAUGAUGGACCAGCUUGAAGACAUUGAGAGGUUUUUGGAGAAUGUUGACAAUAUAUGUGAGCUUGUGGAUAAUCUGAACUCGACUGAUACUGAGGUCCAGACAAAGGCACUGGAGAAAGCUGAUUGCUAUAUUGCUGCUAUGAAUGAACCCUGCAGAAAAAAAGUCAGCAAGACUACAAUCAACACAAACCCACCAACACAGAUGCCCUUGAGCCCACAAAAUCAAACUGUAGAGAAUUUCAUAACGGCUAUGGAGAAAGAUAUUGUUGACAGGAGAUCUAGAAGGAUUGAAAAUGAGAAAAGGGCAUCUGCUCUCAAAGACAAGGGCAAUAAAGCUUAUGCUCUAGAAGAUUAUGAAACUGCUGUGAAGUAUUACACUGAUGGCUUGGCUGAACUGCGGGACAUGCAGUCAUUGUACACCAACCGAGCACAAGCUUACAUCAAGCUAGGAAAGUACAAGGAGGCCAUCGAUGACUGUGAAUGGGCAUUAAAGUGUAACGAGAAGUGCAUAAAGGCUUAUGUACACAUGGGCAAAGCAUACCUGGCAUUGAAGAACUAUAACGAGUCCAGAAACUGCUUUGGAAAGAUAGUGGAAAUUGAGCCUGGGAGAGAAAAAAUGGUGAAAGAGUACCUGAUCCAGGUAGAUUUGGAGGAAGAAAGAGAGAUUCAGGAGAAGAGUGCACAACAAGACUUUAACAAGGGAAAGGAGGAGACUACAAGGGUGCCCCAGCUGCUAGAGAAGCUGUCAAGUCCUGGCCAUAUGCCCCUGUACUACUGUGGCGGGUUGGAGAUUCUGUCAAAAGUGGUUACUGACUGUACUGGCCAGACUCUUUUCAGACUGAACAAUGGCUUCAGUAUCAUCAGCAGCAAUGACACAGUGAGGAGUUGUCUGCAACAGAAAACAAUGGACCCAUUCAGCCAGGAGAUGUGUGUGUCUGUUCUGAAAUUAUGGAGGGUUUGCUGUUGUGGAAAUGAUGAAAAUCAGAAGAUGCUAAUGACAUGUCCAGUCUUUAGGAAUGCCAUUGUUGACUUGGUAGCCUCAGAGCAUAUUGCAAUACAACACGAAAGCCUGGUGUUACUAUGUUUGUAUUCACAAACGCCACGAGGCAGAAACUUGGCCAUGGAAAACCUGGAAGUGCAAAUGUUAGUGAAGAACGUCAUGGCAUGCGUCUCAGAGCCAAGACAGCAGCGGGCGAAUGCAGCGGUCAACAUUUUGAAGAACUUUGCAGCGGAAAAGAAAUUUCAUAUUCAGUUAAGGACUGUAAUGACAGACUGUGUCACUGGCCCUUUUACAGGAAUACUGAAAAAUAUCAACGCUUCCAAUCAAUCUCUUCAUCCUGCACUGAUAUCGGUCAUCAGCUCUCUGGGCCAAGAUGACAUCAUCCGCUACAAUCUUUGUCAUGAUCCAGAGUGUUGGAAGGCUUUUCUGGUUGCCAUUAAACAAUGCAGGGAACAUGAAUACAGAGAAAUCCUUUACCCUUUGCUUGGACUGAUCAUCAACCUUUCAACUGUCACUUCUCCAGCCAUCCAGGAACAUGGUGUCUCACUCUGUAGCUCCUGUCUAGGCCUGCUGAAGGAUAGUGAUGGAGGCAUUAUAACCAGAGCCACAGGCGUGUUGAGCACUGUCCUCCCUCAGUCCUCAGAGGCUGUUCAGCAUGUUAUUCAGGGUGGCGUGGUCAGGACCAUGUGUCGACUACUAAAGGGAACUGGGCAGAAUGCCACUAAGUACGCCAUCAAAACUCUGACAGUGUGCACUGUUGCCAGUCACUUGGCCCGGGAGGAGCUGGUGAAGGCUGAUAAAAAGCUGUCCAUUUUACGCCAUUUGCUGGUUGUCAGUGGAGAUGAGAUAGUGUCAGGAAAUGCAGCGCUGUGUAUGGCCCACUGCCUCGAGGUGGAUGGAACUGCCAGAAACCUGCUGGGCACUGACGCUGUGUUGAUACUGCUGCGCCACGCUGCAGGGGACGCUAAGAGGACAGCUGUGCAGCAAAAUGCAGCGAUUGCCCUUGGGAAGCUGUGCCGAUCUGAGCGCAGACAUAUGGAAAAGCUUCGAGAACUACAUGGAUUUGAGAUCUUGCAUUCCUGCAUGAAGCUCAUCACAUGAAGCUUCAACAACCACAAAAUUCACAAGUGAAUAAAAUGUCUUUUUUCCAUUUUAGACAUA